AUGGCAACACGAGGUCCACCAACAAAAGUACAAAAAGUAAUGGUACAACCUAUUAAUUUAAUAUUUCGUUAUUUACAAAAUCGUUCACGUAUACAAGUUUGGUUAUAUGAACAAACAACAACACGCAUCGAAGGUUAUAUUAUUGGUUUUGAUGAAUAUAUGAAUCUUGUUUUGGAUGAUGCUGAAGAAAUUUUAUUAAAAAAAGAUCAACGAAAAAAAAUUGGAAGAAUUUUACUUAAAGGUGAUAAUAUUAGUUUAAUACAACAAAUACAACAAACAGGAACACAAACUAAAUAA